CCUUCUUUCCCACUCAAUCACUCUCACCAUAUCGCUCAAGAUGCCGAUGCCAACAGACUUUGAUGCAGAUCAUAAGGUCUCUGCACCUUCAGGUGUGGACUCAAGCCCAAAUACUUCGAUCGAGGACCAGACAUUGUUGCUGCUUGCUCGGCUGAUGGAAGGCGGGCAAGAAGAUGAAGAUACAUGCAAGGAGUUGAACAAGCUUACGAAAAUGCUCGACGGCGACUCAUCCGAUCCUACCAGAUCACCAGAGCCACAUAAGCCCAUCAACGAGCUACUUGAUACGGACUGCGUUGAGACUAUCCUUGGUUAUCUGGACAUGAGACAGUCCCCAACAGUGCGGGGCUACGCCACUUUGACCACUUCUGCUUAUCUCAAGGCUGCUGGUGAUAGAGGAGUAAAGGAGCUGUCGAGCUUUUUUCAUCUGACCGUCGGCAAAGGCACCUACGACGAUUUUAUACUCGCUUUUUCUGUUGCCGCUUCUUUAUUUCCAGUUGUCCCCGAUGUCAUUGCAGAACUCUUCUUGAAGGAAGGCUUCGUGGUCAGUCUUGGACCCUUGAUGAAGAGAAAGUGGAAGAGCAAAAAAGUCGAGCAGGCCGCAUUGGAAAUGCUCAAUGCUGCCUGUAUGCAUUCCGCUUGCCGGGAAAGUAUCAAGAAGUAUUGCAUGGAGUGGUUAGAUGAGAUUGUCAAUGACGUUCCACCAACAUCAUUGGAUGUCUCCUCGCCGGAAAGACACCAUGUUGCUGAGGAUGGAGCCAUUCAGCAGAGAAUACAUUCGCCGGAGGUCAGGCAUUUAGCAGCUGUCGUUCUAGCCAAGCUUCAGGCUGUUCCUUUUGCGCCACGUGCAGGAGAGGAUGAUAAGGUCCAGCCAGCGAUAACAAGCAUAGAAGAGCUCUCUGACAUGUUCAAAAACAUGCUGUCAGACAAAGCCUCACAACAUAGUUCCAUAGAGGGCCUAGCUUAUGCAUCUUUACAACCAAAGGUCAAAGAGAAACUAGCUGCAGACGGAAAUUUCUUGAAGGAGUUAAUCAAUGCCCUUGGCAACGCCCCAGCCAAAUCUCCUGAAACUUAUGGUGCAUUAACCACCAUCGUCAACUUAACGUCAUAUCAGCCAGCUCUUACCGAAGAACAGAAACGAAUGACUCAACUCAAAGCAUAUGCGAAUGCCUCAAAGUCUUCUAAGCCAAACCCCCUCAACGAUGAUGAGCACGUUCAGAAGCGUUGUCAGGCUAUAUUCGAAGCAGGUGCUAUACCGGUCCUUGUUACUCACAGUCAACAUGGUUCGGCUGCAUCGUUGAUGCUUGUAGUGUUGAUCGUCUUCUCACUAUCCAAAAACCCAAAGAUUCGUGGUCAGAUGGCUCAGCAAGGCGCUGUCAAGCUUCUACUACAUGCGUACUCAGUAUUUCCUACAGACAAUGUCGCUGCACGCCGAACAACUGCUCACGCACUUGCUCGAAUCCUGAUUAGCACGAACCCGCAACAUGUUUUCGGCGGAUCAAAUCCUCUUUCCAUGACAUCUGCAAUUCGGCCACUACUCCUAUUGCUCUCUGACGACCCUACUGUGGAGCACCGCGACCUUCUCCCAGUUUUUGAGUCACUCCUCGCACUCACAAAUCUCGCCUCUACUGAUGAUACGGCAAGAAAUCCAAUUAUCUGCAUUGCCUUCCCUCAGAUAGAGGAACUACUUCUUUCAAACAACAAGCUAGUCACUCGUGCAACCGUCGAGCUCAUUUGCAAUCUCAUGCAAGCUCCGGAAGGAGUUGCCAAGUUUGCCGAUGGAGGCAAGCAGGCGAGCCAUAGGAUGCAUAUUCUUCUCGCUCUGACAGACUCCGAGGAUUAUGACACUCGAAGAGCAGCCGGUGGUGCGAUGGCGAGUCUGACGGAAUGGGAUACGGCUGUCAAUGCAAUAUUAGAGAGGGAUAGAGGUGUGCCUCUUCUUUUGCAGCUAUGCAAAGAGGACGAGGAAGAGUUAAGACACAGGGGUGUUGUGUGUAUAUUAAAUGUCGUAUCUGCACCAGCAAAGGUAGGAGAAUGGGGAGUAAAGAAAGUCAAGGAAGCAGGAGGUCUAGAUGCUUUGAAAGAAUGCCUGAAGAAAUCGAGAAGCCAGGAUGUGUUAGAGAUCACAGUGGAGGCCUUGAAGAGGUUACUAGAUGACGAAACGUCAGGUCCGGCAUUGUUGGAAGGAUGA